UGAACUGCGGCCAGUCCCACUAUCAGCACCUAGUGGAGGUGCAGGCCCCCAACGCUGGUUUCCACCCCCAAGCUCCUUCUCAGGGGCAGGGGCGGAGUCCAGCACGGCUAGUGAGGCCAAAUGUUCGUCCCUCGCCCCUCCUCUGGGAGGAGUUUUCGCAUUUGUACCAGACUGGGGCCAGGUUCCUGCCUUCACCAUCUGGCCCACUUCCCUUGCGGCCCUCCAACCCCGGAAGCCGAGGCUUAUUGGAUCACUAGCAGGGCUCAAAAUUGAGCUGAGAUUUUAUCACCUAUUUCACGCUCAGUGCUUGUGCGGAGUUACCCGCAUCCAGCCAGCAACUAUAGAGCCCUCCUCUGUGAAGGGAAGACAACCCCAGUGUGAAAGAACGAGGCAAUGGCAGCUUCCUGUGUCCUCCUGCACACUGGGCAGAAGAUGCCCCUGAUUGGACUGGGCACCUGGAAGAGCAAUCCUGGCCAGGUAAAAGCAGCUGUUAAGUAUGCCCUGAGUGUAGGCUACCGCCACAUUGACUGUGCUGCUGUCUACGGCAAUGAGACUGAGAUUGGGGAGGCCUUGAAGGAGAAUGUGGGGCAUGGCAAGGCAGUGUCUCGGGAAGAGCUGUUUGUGACUUCUAAGCUGUGGAACACUAAGCACCACCCCGAGGAUGUGGAGUCUGCCCUCCGGAAGACACUGGCUGACCUCCAGCUGGAGUAUUUGGACCUGUACCUGAUACACUGGCCUUAUGCCUUUGAGCGGGGAGAUGACCCUUUCCCUAAGAAUGCUGAUGGGACUAUCCGCUAUGACUCCAUUGACUACAAGGAGACCUGGAAGGCCCUGGAGGCACUGGUGGCUAAGGGGCUGGUGCGGGCACUGGGCCUGUCCAACUUCAGCAGUCGGCAGAUUGAUGAUCUACUCAGUGUGGCCUCUGUGCGCCCAGCUGUCCUGCAGGUGGAAUGUCACCCAUAUCUGGCUCAGCACGAGCUGAUUGCCCACUGCCAAGCACGUGGCCUGGAGGUGACUGCUUACAGCCCUCUGGGCUCCUCUGAUCGUGCUUGGCGUGAUCCUGAUGAACCUGUCCUGCUUGAGGAGCCAGUGGUCCUGGCACUGGCUGAAAAGUAUGGCCGGUCUCCAGCCCAGAUCUUGCUCAGGUGGCAGGUCCAGCGGAAAGUAAUCUCCAUCCCCAAGAGUGUCACACCUUCCCGUAUCCUUCAGAACAUCCAGGUAUUUGACUUCACCUUUAGCCCAGAAGAGAUGAAGCAGCUGGAUUCCCUGAAUAAAAAUUGCCGAUAUAUCGUGCCCCUGCUUAUGGUGGAUGGAAAGAGGGUUCCAAGAGAUGCAGGGCACCCUCUGUACCCCUUUAAUGACCUAUACUGAAACCACAGUGUCCUGGUUUCCUGUCCUGCCCUCCAGCUAUUAGGUCCUGCCACUCCCAGAAAGAGCGAGUUAAUAAAGCCAUUGGAACACC